UCUCGUCUCCAGAGAGGUCCGGGUUGCUGUUCUCGUCGCUACUCAGCUUCUGCUUCUUGGCCGCAGGCAUGUCUGUUCCCGCCGGCGCUGUCGACACUUCCCUCUCGGACAUAUUCCUCCGCCUCCCUCCAGGUUCCUGCCGCCUAGGGCGGGGCCUCCGCCACACCGCCGUCAAGCAAGCCCGGCCGGAGCCUGCCGCAAAGUUGCCGCUGCCGCCGCCACCCCCACCGCUCCCCCCACUGUCGCAAACCGCGCCCAGCCGCCGAGGCGGGCGUGCGUGCGACCCCGCCACACUGCUGAAAAAGGGGCGCGCGUGCGCGCCCUCCCGCGCAGCUUCCUGGCUCGUUCCCUUUCCCUGCUCCCGUCUUGCCCUUUUCCCGCCGCCCUCCCGGCAGUUUGCACGGAGAGGUGGGAUCCGUUGGCUGUCGAGAGCAGUAUUUCGUACGUCCCCUUUCCCCACUGCCGUCUCGAAAAAGAAGAGGCGGAACUCAAAGGGAUGCGCCCUCACCCCCUUCCUCCUUCCAAAGACGUUUCAGCCGCAAUCGGCCCAAUCGUUCGUUCCCCGACCCGCUGCAAGGACUCGAAAGUCUGUGGAAUGGACUAGACCACCGAUGUUCCAGGGGAUGGGGGGAGAUACGAGAAGUCACCUCUUGCUUUAGCGGCGUACGCCAAGUGUCCUUAAUCUUGAGCUCGGAGGACAAUACUCUCGCUUUAUUCGGGGGGCUCUGGAAGGUCUAGUGUUUCGCUGUGGAUAGGAGUUCGAAAACCGUGCAGUCCCUCUCACUUGCCUCCCCCAUCUAGCAAGUGGAAGUUACCGACUCAGACCUGCGCAUGCGCCGGGGCGUAUUCUCGCGCUGGGUUGUCCAGACCCGCCUCCCGGGGCCCCUCCUCUCCGAAAGCUCGUCGGCCGGACCAGGUAGUCUUCCACCGGGUUUCCGUAGCCCGGGGUGGAUUUCAAAGCACCAGCGAGGCGGACUGUCGGGAUGCGUCCUAAAUUCUUGAUGACUGUCUAAGCCGAUGAAUAUUUAUUUUAAUCAGUGAUGAUUCUCACCCACUUGUGCCGAUAUCCUCCAAAGGAGCUCAACUGUCAUAAAUCCCCUACCCAGGAGUUUCAUCAACCAGAGAAGAUUGACUCUUAUCACAGAAGAGGAGACUAGAAGUCACACCACACCCACACCAACUUUGUCACCAACUGUCAUAUCUCCCAUCUAUUGUAAGGGAUCUUUAAAAAAAUAAUAAUUUACUCUCAUCUUUCAAAAAAAAAAAUCAUUUACUUUCUCUGUGUGAAAUACAUCUCCCAGCCCCUUCCCCCAUUGAUGGUAUAAGCUCAAGUCUCACUACUUUUUGGGGUAUUCACUUUUUGUUCCCUGUGAUGCCCCUACGCAUGUUAUAUUAAAAUUAAUAAAUUGUAUACCUUUUCUCCUGUUAAUCUGCUUGUUAUCACUUUAUUUCAUAGACUCAGUUAUCCAACCUAGGAGGGUAAGAGGAAAGGCUUUUCCUCCACUGUGUGACGGAGAGGGUAGGAGGUAGUGGAAACUUAGUAAAAAUAAACAUUCAGGGUAGGAGGAUUCUUUCUAAACUGACUUGCCAGAGUGAUCAGAUAUCCAGAGUUGGGGAAAAAAAUUUGAUCAGCUAUCAACGGUGGAGAUCAAAGGUGAAGAUCAAAGACAGGUCCCAAGGACGAGGCCUACUUGAGAAGAGGGCUCAGAGGAGCCUGACUACCAUUUGGUCAAGAGGAGAGUCUUUGUGACUAAUCUAACAUAUAUAAUAUAUCAUGCAUCUUACUUGAAGUGCUAUCCUCCUGGUAUUUCUUAAAUACAAAAGACUAUUAUUAAAAAUCAUAAAUUUCUCGACACUGAAUUACUGUGAGGGAUUUCAGGAAUCAUUACAAUUGGAGAAG